CGUUAAAUAAUUCCAUUCAAAAAAAAAUUGGAGGUACUUAUAUAGCCGAAAAUGGCCAAAAUAAUUAUCAAAACAAACGAGAAUAAUCCUUUGGCUUUUAAACUACUAAUUGCAUCAUAUUUCGGAAAGAAAGAUGUAGAAAUUCGAAAUAUUAAGGCUAGCGAUGCUGAAAAUGAAUUACGACUUCCAAUUUUAAUACUGAAUGAUGACAAUAAGACUGAGAUAUUUUCAAGUAAUUCAGCCGCAUGCUAUUUAUUCGGCGAAUUGACAAAUAACACAACAUGGUUAGAAUGGGAAGCUGCUACUCUGUUACCAGCAUUAAUCAAUAAACCAGCAAAUAAUAAUAAAUGUACUGCUGAAUUAUUAAAAUAUUUAGACGCAUCUCUGAAGAAUAAGUUUUUAUUUGGUGAAAAUUUGACUGUUUCCGAUAUAUGUAUAUUUGCAACUCUCAGUGGAGAUGGCUUACCACAAGAUUUUCAAGAUACACCAAAUUUAGCAAGAUGGUAUAAUGAAAUCUUGAGUCAUCCACAAGUUCAGUUAGCUGCCAGUAAAAUAUGUACGAAAUCAUUAAACUACAAAAAUAUUAAAGCACCAUUAUUGAUUCCUGCUGUGUGUAAAAUAAAUAUUUCACAAACAGAUUCGAUGUCAUCAUGCAGAUCUACUCCUUUAUCCAUUAGUGAUCAUGUUUCUCCUGAUGAAAUACAAUUUUCUAAAGAUGGUUGGAAACAUUUUGAUAUAAGUUUAAAAAAAAGUCCGAGGACUAUUCUUCCCAUACCUGGAGAGAAGAAUAUUUUAAUUACUUCAGCUUUGCCUUAUGUAAACAAUGUUCCACAUUUGGGUAAUAUAAUUGGAUGUGUGCUUUCUGCAGACAUCUUUGCCAGAUACUGUCGGUUAUGUAAUUACAACACAUUGUAUAUUAGUGGAACUGAUGAAUAUGGAACUGCCACAGAAACAAAAGCUCUAGCAGAAGGUUUAACACCUAAACAAAUAUGUGAUAAAUAUUUUGAUAUUCACAAUUCUAUAUAUCGUUGGUUUGGAAUUGGUUUUGAUUAUUUUGGACGCACAACAACAAAAGAGCAAUCAGAAAUUUCUCAAGACAUGUUCUUAAAGCUAAAUGAGAAGGGCAUGAUUACAACGCAAACUGUGCAACAACUUCUUUGCACGGGGUGCAAUAGAUUUUUAGCUGAUAGAUUUGUUGAAGGAACUUGUCCCUACAUAGGCUGUGGUUAUGAAGAUGCUAGAGGUGAUCAAUGUGAUGGUUGUGGAAAACUAGUUAAUGCUAUAGAAUUAAAAAAUCCACGUUGUAAGUGUAACAACGCCCCAGUGAUCAGAGAUUCUACACAAUUCUUCUUACGCUUACCUGAAAUUGAACAAAAAUUAAAGAAUUGGUUUGAAUCAUCCCAAAAUGGGUGGACAAAUAAUGCAAAAGUAAUAACACAGUCUUGGCUUAAAGAAGGACUUAAGGAUAGGUGUAUAACUCGUGAUUUGAAAUGGGGAGUUCAGGUUCCAUUGAAAGGCUAUGAAGAUAAGGUGUUUUAUGUUUGGUUUGAUGCUCCUAUAGGCUACAUGUCUAUAACUAGCAGAUAUACAAAAGAGUGGAGAAAAUGGUGGCAACCAAAACCAGAUACUGAUAUAAAAUUAUACCAAUUUAUGGCAAAAGAUAAUGUACCUUUUCAUUCAGUCAUGUUUCCUGCAACAUUACUUGGUUUAAAUGAUGGUUAUACUAUGGUCAAUCAUAUCAUGGCUACGGAAUAUCUUAAUUAUGAGGAUGGCAAAUUUUCUAAAUCUCGUGGUGUUGGUGUUUUUGGAAAUGAUGCUCAAGACACUGGUAUUCCUUCAGAUAUUUGGAGAUUUUAUCUUGCCAGUGCAAGGCCUGAGGGUCAAGACAGUAGUUUUAGUUGGUCUGAUUUAAUAACCAGAAAUAAUAGUGAGUUGUUAAAUAACUUAGGCAACUUUGUUAAUCGUGCAUUGAGUUUUGCCAAAAAUAACUUCAAUGGACUUGUGCCACAAAUGAUUUUGAAUGAGGAUGAUUAUACUUUGUUGGCUUUGUGCAAUAGAGAAUUGAAAUCAUAUAUACAAUGCAUGGAAAAGGCAAAAAUGAGAGAUGGAAUUAAACAUAUGUUGGCCAUUUCUAGACAUGGUAAUCUUUUUAUGCAAACACAAAAGCCAUGGGUUUUAUUAAAAGGAUCUGAAGCUGAAACUAGGGCUGGCACUGCUGUAGGUGUUUGCUGCAAUUUAUCUUAUAUUCUAGCUUUGUUGAUGCAUCCAUUUAUGCCAGAAAUAAGUAGAAAUUUGCUUCAACAACUUAAUAUGCCUUUGGGCUGCCUCAAGCCAGAACAACCCGUGAUCGGCAUGAUGGUCAAAGGCGGUCAUAAACUAGGAGAAAUUAUUCCAUUAUUUGCUAAAUUAGAUACAGCAUUAAUUGAUCAAUUUAAAGCUAAAUAUGGAGGUGCCCAAGUACUAGAUUCUAAAAGUAACGUAAAUAGCACUAUGAGCAAGGAACAACUGGAAGAAGCAAUUAAAAAACAGGGUGAUAAAGUAAGAAGUUUAAAAUCUAGUGGUAGUGAUAAAUCAGUGUGGCAACCAGAAGUAGCAAUUUUAUUGGAUUUGAAAAAACAAUUGGAAAAAUGUUGUACAAAUACAAACGUUGUAAACAAUACAAGUGUGAAUAAUAAUAAAGAAGAAUUAGAAAAGGCUAUACAAUUACAGGGGGAUAAAGUAAGAAAAUUAAAAGCCGCUGGAGGUUCAAAGGCUACAUGGCAACCAGAAGUAAAAAUUCUCUUGGAUUUGAAAAAUCAACUAGCAAAUCUCAGUUCAUCAGGAAAUGAUAAUGAUAAACAAACGGAAACAGCUGAACAUUUAGAAGAGGCCAUUAAAAACCAAGGUGAUAAAGUAAGAUCGUUAAAGGCAAGUGGUUUAGAGAAGAGCGCUGUUCAGCCUGAGAUUAAUAUAUUGUUAGAUUUAAAAAAGCGAUUGUCACAAUUAUUAGCAAAAUCUAAAUGAUUUUGUUAGUUCACAAAUUAUAAUACAAACUGAAUAAUAAUAAAAAGGCACUAGAUUUCAAUUAUAUGAUUGCUCUUGUGUACGAAGAUGGCAAAUAACAGCAAAUUGAUAUUAUUUAAGAUAAAAAUGAUGUAUUCCAGGUUAGAAAUAAUAUU